AUAUAUAUAUAUAUAUAUAUAUCACCCAGUGUUUCUAGCCUUUUAUUUACAAACUGCUAAAUUCUUUAUAUUGGUAGCAAACAAGAUUGAGUUCUGGUAGAUUUUGAUUUUCCAAAUUUUAAUGUGCUAACCUUUUCAACACAUCUUGAUAAGGGUCAGCAAAGUGAAUAAAAUUUAUCUUGUGGUUAUCCUAUAACUCAACUUAUCUGUUUAUCUAAUUCCAGUGAUUUAGCGAAAUGAUCAAUUAAGAUUUCUUUACAAUGUAGGUUUAACUACAUAACACCAAUUAUGAAUAAACAUUUGUACUUAUCAUCCUUUAUUUAAAUUUAAUGGUAUUAAUGGUUUAUGUGUAAUAAUUUAAUCAAAAAAUGAAUUAAGUGAUAUUUCUAAGCAUUUGUUUUUUGUUUUGUUUUUGACUUAUAAGGAUGUUUGACUAUCAAAAUGAAGACAUAAUAUCGAUUCAGGCCAACUCUCUUGAUGUAGCUAAAUAUUUGAAAAAUCAUGGCAUUUCCGAUUCAGUCAUUGACAUUUUCACUACGAACACAAUCGAUGGAUUGUCAUUUUGUCUGUUAACGGAGAAAGACUUAUAUGAAAUGGAUAUCAAAGAGGUUGGUGUUAGAAAACGUAUCAUGUAUUUAUGUUACUUCUGGCGUCACCAAAUUGAAAAUCAUAAUUAUGGAGAAUAUACUUUCCCAAGAUUACCAAGUGAGAAUUCUGUAGUUGAUCUGCUAUGCUGCCAUAAUCCUAAAUUGGAUAAUAUGGAACAAGAUGUAUCCAGAUUAAGUGGAAACGAUAAUGUGGAGUGUAUAGCAGACAGUACUUUUUUAAAUGAUUACGAUUACGGAAUAGAUGAAGACAAUACAAAUUUCUUGAAAUUUAUAACCAGUUGUUUAUAUUUCAUUUUUUCUACAUUUGUUACAGCAUUUGUUAUAGUUUCGGUCCAUGAACGUUUACCUGUUACAUCUAAAUAUCCUCCGUUGCCAGAUAUUUUUCUGGAUAAUCUUCCUCAUAUCAGUUGGGGAUUUAUUGCAGCAGAAGUGGUUAUCAUUGUACUGUUUAUGAUUUGGCUGACUAUUUUAUUUCUACAUAAAUAUCGGUGGAUACUUUUACGUCGUUUUUUUGUGCUUAUGGGCACGAUAUUUUUAUUAAGAUCAAUUACUAUGUCGAUAACUUCACUAAGUGUCCCUGGAGUGCAUUUAACAGAUCAAUGUAGCCCAUAUAUAAUAAAAAAUUAUACAGAACGCUUCAAACGUGUAUUAGAAAUAUGGAUGGGUUGUGGUUUAUACAUUACAGGAUUACGAACUUGUGGUGAUUAUCUAUUUAGUGGUCAUACAACAUGUCUUACUCUUCUUAACUUUUUCAUUAGUGAAUAUUCACCACGAAGAUUUUAUCUUUUGCAUACAUUUACAUGGGUUCUGAAUCUUUUCGGUGUAUUUUUCAUACUUGCUUGUCAUGAACAUUAUUCUAUUGAUGUAUUCAUUGCUAUAUAUAUUUCAUCAAGAUUAUUUCUAUACUAUCAUUGUCUUGCUAAUAAUAAUUUAUUACAUCAACCAGAUAAUGAACGUUUAAGAAUAUGGUUCCCACUGUUUUCAUUUUUUGAACAUGAUGUACGGUCAGUUGUACCGAAUGUAUAUGAAAUACCCUUUAAAGAUUAUUACAACUAUAAAUUUAAUCGCAAUAACAAUAAUAGUAACGGGAGCAGAAGCAGCGGCAGUAGUAUCCAUACCAAUGGUAACAGUAGUUGUAGCAGUAAUAUAACUGGUAAUUACAAUCAAAAUUACGGUAAAAGGCAAUUGAAUAAUGUUCGUCGUAAAUCUACACGUUGUCUGCUACAUACCUAUCAUAAUACUAAUAAUCAUGAGUAUUCAACUUGCAAUCAUAUAACACAAACAUUAGGAAAUACAUUCAUUACAAAACGUUGUGAGAUUUUUAGUAAAAAAGAAUCUUAG